AUCAGGGAGUGCGGGGGCGCUUUACUGUCACUGACAGAGGGGCGGUUGGAGGUACCAGAACAAUAAUUGGUCAGUAGCAACUUUAAAAAGCAGACCUCAGUGGAGUGUAGUAAGAGCCUGUUGAAGAUCCAUGAUGAAGACUCUUUGGGUUGCUGUUGUGCUGAGUUUUGUCUCAGUGGGUCAGCCUGCACCUCUGACCUGUGAUAAACUGGCAAAGCCAGUCGAGAAUCUUCCAGACUUGUCUGGGAGGUGGCACUACAUAGCUGUAUCAACAGAGGUCUGCAUGCCAGCAUUGCUAAUUAACAAGAUAUUUUGGCCAAGUAUUGCAGUAGACAUAACUAAUAAGGGCGUGCCAAACCUCUAUGCUGCUACGGUUAAGGUUAAAAUGCAUGGCUUCUGCAUGAAUGAAACAGAGGAUUUCUUUCAAGAAAACAACAAACUCUUUGAAGUCAACAGUGAAAAUUCUCCAGUUGGUGAGCCAGAUCUCCUGCUGCAAACCAGCUGCUCUGACUGCAUCGUCUUAAAGUCCAACGACACUUUGAGCACUGUUUCAUUUCUCAGUAGGAGAAAAACCAUCACUGAAGAGGAACUGAAGGAAUUUGAGAUGCAGGCCGAGUGUGUUCGCUUUUCCAAACCACAGGUCUUAAACGCAGACCAAGACCAUGAUAACUGCCAAGAUCUUGACGAUAUCUCUGAAGAUCAGUCUCUCACCUUCUUGCAACAAGUGUUUGAACGAGUGAAAAGUACUCACCAAAGCAUACUCAAGUGUUUGGUUGAUAUGUUACUUUCUUACAUUCCUGCUACAAUUACUUAGAGAAAAACAUUUGUAUGCACAUUAAGUGGCUGCAGACGAUGACUUCAACUACAACAUUUAUUUAAAUGUUUCCAGUCUGAAUGUAAAUAAAACAAAAUGGCAACAUCUUGCUUUAGAAAUGCAGUUGUAAACUAUAAACAACUCCGCUCUUUCUCUAGUUCUUCUAUAAUACUUCACUUGUUCUGCUUCCAGCAAAAUUCUGAUAAUCUCGACACAUUACUGUGGAGUCUAGGUAAGGCAGACUCAAUUAUUAGUAUGGCACAUUUCCUGCAACAGGGUAAUUCAAAGUGCUUUAUAUGAAUAAAAGGAACAUGAAAUAAAAACAAUCAAACCAUUACAUUGCAGUGGAAAGCUUGAUAGUUCAAGGCAACUUGGUAGUUGUUUUAAACAAUAAAGAGCUUGUUUGUACAAUGUCUGAAAAUCAGAAAAUCCACCAUAGAUGAAAGAUUUCUGCACCAAAUUAAUUAAAGAUUUCUUUUGUAUCA